UUUUAACGUCAUUUCGCUUCCACGUCCAACCAAGCUGCUACGACUGACAGAGGGGAUUGGAUCUGCCACUUAGUUGCGGCUUCGAGUGUGACGUCACUGGCAAGAUGGCGAGUUAUCCGUACGGUCAGGGAUACCACGGAGCAGCUGGACAACCUCCAGGUGCACCCCAGACAAACUAUUAUGGUGGACAGCAGUAUGGAGGAGGCGUUCAGCCUGCAGCUAGUUAUGGGAGACCUGCUCCUGGUGCACCGUAUGGCUCACCACCUUCUGGGGGAGUUUAUGGACAUCCUGUCCCAGGUAGUGCUGCACCUGGAGCUCCUGGAGGUCCCUAUGGGGGACAAGCACCAGGGGGACCUUAUAGUGUCCCAGGUUCCACCCCUUAUGGAAGCCAACAACACGGAUCUUAUGGCCAGGGAGCACCUGCUGGAAACAUUCCUCCAGGGGUGGAUCCAGAGGCUUUCUCAUGGUUUCAGACCGUUGAUACAGACCACAGUGGCUAUAUUUCCUUAAAGGAGCUGAAGCAAGCACUGGUCAAUACCAACUGGUCAUCGUUUAAUGAUGAGACCUGCACGAUGAUGAUGAAUAUGUUUGAUAAGAGCAACUCUGGACGGAUUGAUAUGUUUGGAUUUUCAGCUUUAUGGAGAUUCAUCCAACAAUGGAGAAACCUGUUCCAGCAGUACGACAGAGACAGAUCUGGCUCCAUUAAUCAAGGAGAGUUGCAUCAAGCUCUGUGUCAGAUGGGAUACCAGCUCAGUCCACAGUUUGUGCAGAUUGUGAUGUCCAGAUAUGCUCAGAGGUCUGCACAACCAGGCCUGCAAUUGGAUCGAUUCAUACAGAUUUGCACCCAACUCCAGAGUAUGACUGAGGCCUUUCGAGAGAAAGACACUGGACAGAUAGGAACUGCCAAGCUCAGCUAUGAGGACUUCAUCACCAUGACUACAACCCGGCUUCUCUAAACUGGCCCCCAAGGCAAAAACCCCUACAGCUUUCUACUCUUGGAUGGAUCCUCCCUUUUGUCCUUACUCGUAUGGAAAGGGCAAUAUAAAGUACUCACUAUAUUA